UAUUUUUCUCGAAUUCUGAAGAACUGUUCGAUACGUUCCGUUAAACGUUGGAUCCGUUGUAUCGUCGGGAAGCAAGUUUUUUCGUCGGAACAAUUGAACGCGUGAUUCGUUCGUGACGAUUUUUAGUGAAAAAACGGGAUUCGUGCAAUAUCUUGAGACUAGUCAUACUAAAAGAAACAACGACGUCCAGGCUUCAGUUCUACGUUGAUAAAUAUUUGACAGUAAUAGGGGCCAAAGAAUGAACCAUACGAAAAAUUACUCGAGUCUCGCGCAGACAGAAAUUUUUUAAAGAGACGUGCCACUUCAUUCAAAUAUUUGUCAGAUCAUCGAUGCAUAGGGAGACAUAUAGAUUGCUGUGUGCAGUAUUUACAUUCGUACAAGCAGCUGUCAGUAGACGUUCGGGAAGGUGUCAUAAAAUCCUGCAAAAAAUAUGCGAUGCAUGAUUCCCCUUGACGUUCGCUUCGCGCAAAAUGUUCAAUAACUUUUGUCAAAAUUAUUGAAAGUUUGUACGAAAUUCGAGGAGCGAUCGUGCGAUCUAGCCAGUCAACGUACAAUAGCUUUAACGAAAGCUGCGACGUAUGACAGACGAUGUACCCUCUAACAAUUUUGAUAAUGCUUCCUCCAUCAUUUUUCCCCGUUGAUUUCUAAUGCGAUCGUUUUGUUCGUGAAAUAAAUUGAGAUCUACAAAAAAAAAUCCAACGGAUAUUUAAAAUAAUUUGGACUUUGUGCGCUCGAACUAAUUAGACACAACACGAAAAUUAACAUAUGCCUUCUGUGACGACAGAUAUCUGUGUGUGCCUUUUUUCCUUCGACGAGAUCGAGCAAGUUGCUCGUACUAAUUUUUAAUUGGAACCACGAGAGAUAAGAGAACCAGCCCACCAUGCAAGGAGACCUAUGAAUGCAUUUCUUAUUUUUUGUAAACGACAUCGUGGUUCAGUGCGGUCUGGUUUCCCACAUUUAGAAAAUCGAGCAGUCACAAGAGUUCUUGGUGAAUGGUGGGCCACUCUUCAACCAGAUCAAAAACGUUCAUAUACAAAUUUAGCACAGGAGUACAAAGAUGCAUUCUUGAAUGCAAAUCCUGAUUUUAAAUGGUACAAAUUACCAGCACCUCCUCUACGUACUUUGAGUACUAGGCCUACAAAUAAAAAGGCAGAAACAAGUUCUAAUGAACAACCUAUAGAAAAUGUCAAAUCCGAGAAUGAGUCUUCCGAUUAUUCAAAAGCUGAUAAGCGAGACGGACAAUCAAUUCAACCAGGUAAAUUAGCAGAUGAAUCCCAAAUUGGUGGCCUCAGUUCACUGUUUACACCUCAGAAAAUGCAAAUAAUCGAUGAGCAGGCGACUAUUAAUGGUUCUGUGAUUGAAAAUGAUAAUGAAGUUCCAAAACCCCCUAAAAAGAAAUAUAUAGAUACAUCUUUUUUACCUGAUCAUAAAAGAGAAUGCAAAGCUGAUCUUUUUGAUGCGAAAAAGAGAAGACUUUCAGAAUCAAACAAUAAUGAACACCAAUAUGAUACAGAAGAAGAGAAAAUGGACAUAAAUAAUUUUAUAGCAACUAAUAUGCCUUCAGAAGAAACUAAUUUUAGAAGUGAGAGAACAUGCAAAGGUUUACGCUAUCAAAAGUUCCUUGCAGAGCAAAUGAAAAAUAUUGGUGUAUCUGGGCAACAACCUAAACGAAAACGUCACCCUGGAAAUCGUAGCACGGAUGGACAAAUGAAUGAACGAAGAAAUUCUAUUUCAUCGAAUGUCAGUGAAAAAACAGAUUCUUUGAGUAGCGAAGGUGGAAAUAGUUCCCGUGGAGAAUUGGAACAUCUUGUAGAAAGUGCUGAAGGAAAUAUUGAAGCUUCAAAGCCAGAGGAAACGGAAACUGAAGGUACAGAAGGAGAAUUAGACUUUGGACCAUGGACAGCACGUAAAAGAUUCAGAGCUGAGGAUUUUAAUUUAGAAAAGAAAAUUGAAGCGUUACCAUCCUUAAGUUUAGAAGAAUUUCAGGAAAAGAAGAAACAACAGCGUACGAAAAAGAAAAAAAUAGUACAGAAACUAACAUCAACUUCGAAUAACAAGAAACAGCAAAAUAAUAGUAACGCUAAUGGUCAAACAAACGAUCCAAAUAACCAAAUAGAACGUGAAACCACAGAGGAAGUUGAGAAAGCGCUUCUUGUUGGAAGUAAGAAGAGGAAAGCACGGAAACAGAGUAUUACACGUAAUGCAGCCGCUACAAGUGAUUCCACACAAAUUGAAACAGAAGAAUCUAAUAAAUCGUGGUGUGCGUCGCCGGAUUUGGAAGCACUGGCAUGCCUCGCAACAGUUGCCGCCAACAGAACGAAACUUACCAAAACUAAUACAUAAGAUAUAUUUUUUGAUGUUUAGCGGUUGUUUGUGAUGCGAACUUGCACUGUGCAAAGCCAAAACCAUAUCUGUUUAUUUCUUUAAUAUAUAAUUUUCUACUAGCAGAAUUAUUGAAAUAAUUGCUUUCGAUUGCUAUUGAAACUUAAAUAAUGUUUCCAACUGAUCGAAACUGUAUCACAUUACUACUGUUAAUAUCCACGUCGUUAACUGCUGUUAAUAUAAAUAUUAAUAUUGUGACCGUUGCAAAAUGAUUUCGCAGCAUAACAUAUAUAAAGAUAUUUCUUUUAAUGUUACAUAAAUAUCUUGCGAACAUGGUCACUGAUAGACAGUUUCUUUUUUUAUGUAUAGUUUGUUAACGAAUAAUGUUGUUACUAUUACAUACUGAAGGAAGAUUCUAGUUUUCAUUUUGCGUUGCGUGUAAUUAUUAAAAUAUUGCGUCACACAUUUCUAUACUUGUUAAUGAACACCUGCAGUGCAGAUGAAUGAUAGCCAUUAUAUAUAAUUUAAAAAAAAUAAUGCCCGUGUAUCGAUGUUCGUGGGGAAAUUUGUGCAACUUCCAACAAAAAAAAGAAACAGAUAAUAAUAUUUUCUCAUAUAACUUGAAUAUAUAAAAUUAUUAAUGAACGAAGAGAGAAAAAGUAUACACUAACAAUAAGAGGGUAUUAGUCACUAUCCACCACAUAAAAUGAUGUUGGAAAGAUCGAAUCUUGCACACUAAUUUUUUUAACUACAAUAUAGAAUAAAUACAAUUGAAAGGAAACAGUAAUAGAGCCGUGAAUCUUAAAUGAAGCCGAUGAACAGGGCAUUUUAUCAUAUCUAUGUGUAGCAAUGAUAACACGUAAUAAUUGCAAAGUCACUUGUUAUUAUUUUUGUUAUUAUCAUCGGCAUAAGUUUAAUCUGUAUUUUCAUUAUGUUCUAUAAACUUUUUAUGUACAUAGAAAUAGGUGCAGUAUUAUGAAAGAUAUCCUUCAUGAUCUGAAUAUCAAAAAAGGAUAUAAUCAAAAAUAUACAUGUAUAAAUAUAUAUGUAUUAUAUAUUUAUACACAUACGCAAGACCACUAUUUAUACGUUGUACAUGCGUACAUAUAGACAUACGUAAUAAUGUAAUUUACGGGAAAGUAUAGAAAAAAUGUAAAUUUUAUUGUUAGUAAGUGUUUCGUGUAACAGAAAAGUAUAUGUGUAUAUGUACGCAUGUAAUUUGAUAAGACUACAUAUAUAUAUAUAUAUAUAAAUGUAUAUUUAUAAUAUUUAUAUCGACUACUAUUAUUUUAGUAUUAAGACCAUGAAAUUGCGAUUCUGUGCUCUGUUUGAGAAAGUAAGGGACUCGUCUGUGAUUUUGGCUAAAGGAGUUUUUAAUAUUUUAUAUUUUUCUAUUGAUUUUUUCUCCCUCCUUUUCUUUCUCACCUCUUUACGUUCAUUGAAGUUUAACUCCAGACACUAUUAGUAAAACGAUAGGAGCAACUAAUGUUAGUAAAUUCCUCUGUAAUAUGGAAAUGAGUAUACUGAUUAUAUUUCAAAUGUGCCUUGAAGAGAUUUGAACAUAGAUAUUAAUCAAUGACCAACAAUAUAUUUUCGAUUCAUUUCGGUAUUCUAACUGUUUUCUGACAUUUACACUUAUACCUUCUACAUUUUCUAAGUGUGGUUACGGUACAUAAUUAUAGUGGGGCUUCAUGGCCAACGUCCGAAUACGUGGAAUUAUUGAAAAAAAUAUCAAGGGAAAGUGUUUCGAAUUUUACUGCACAAACAUCUAUGUACCUAGCUUUAAAAAUAUAAUUUACACGAACAUAUAUAUUAUAUAUGUAUGUAUAUAUAUAUACAUACACUUCAUACAUAUAUGUAUAUGUAUAUAUACUUGUAACAUAUUGUAUACCAUUUAUAUUAAUAAUAAAG